AUGUUUCUUCAAGUUGGAUUAAUACUUUUAGGCCUCCUUCUAUCCUUUCCAAUCUCCAUUCAACCAUUCCAUGUUCCUCCUCCUGCUCCAAAGAAUGGAAUGAUCAUUCGACCCUCAAUGUUUUCUCCUAUUGAGUCGGAUGAAACAAAAUGGGCGACUUCUCGUGCUUCGACGAAUGGAACUAAAUGGGCUGUUCUUGUUGCUGGCUCCAACGGUUAUGAAAAUUACAGGCAUCAGUCAGACGUGUGCCAUGCCUAUCAAAUACUAAGAAGAGCUGGAAUGAAAGAUGAAAAUAUAAUAGUAUUCAUGUAUGAUGAUAUUGCUUUUGAUGAGAACAAUCCUCAACCAGGGGUCAUCAUUAAUCGUCCUCAAGGCCCCAAUGUCUACAAAGGAGUACCUAAGGAUUAUACCGGUAAUCAAGUUACUAAGGAGAAUUUGUACGCUGUUCUUCUUGGAAACAAAAGUGCUCUCAAAGGAGGAAGUGGUAAGGUCUUGAAGAGCGGCCCAAACGAUCACGUAUUCAUAUUUUACAGCGAUCAUGGAAGCCCUGGAGUUAUCGGGAUGCCCCAAGGUGGCUACAUUUAUGCCCAUGAGCUGAAUCAGGUCAUGAAGAAAAUGCAUGCCAAAAAAUCCUAUAAAACUCUGGUGUUCUAUCUAGAGGCGUGUGAGGGAGGAAGUAUGCUCGAUGGAUUGCUUCCGGAAGGGAUGAACAUAUAUGCAACCACGGCGACUAACACAACUCAUGAUAGUUAUGCACAUUACUGUCCUGAAGACAUCUUUAACAGUCUUCAUGAUUAUACAACUUGUUUAGGAGACUUGUACAGCAUUUCUUGGAUGGAAGACUGUGACAAUCAUGAUUUGCGCAUUCGAACUCUGAAGAACCAGUAUGAAGCGGUUAAGAAGAGAACAAAGAGUAAGGGUACUGUUGAAGAUCCAGGCUCCAAUGUUAUGCAAUAUGGGAAAUUGAAGAUUAAUAUGGACACACUCUCUACUUACAUGGGAUCAAAACCAUUUAAUCGCUAUCACACAACCGUCAAUUAUUCCUCCUCGGCCCUGUCUCCGUCCAGCACUAGAAAUGUCAACCAGCGAGAUGCAGACCUCCUACAUUUUAUCUACAAGCUUCGCAAUUCGCCAAGAGGGUCUUCCAGGUGGAUUGAAGCUGAAAAGAGAGUGCUUAUAGAGAUGAAGCAAAGGAAGCAUGUUGAUAAAAGCAUGUCAAACAUUGUUCAACAAUUGUUUGGUGCUGACAAGGUGAAGACUAUUCUUGAAGGCACCAGACCACAAGGGCAGGCGCUUGCAGACGACUGGACCUGCUUUAAGGCGUCGGUGAGAGCUUAUGAAGAAAAUUGUGGAGCUCUAUCUAACUAUGGGAGGAAAUAUACUCGAACCAUAGCCAACAUAUGCAAUGCAGGUGCAAGCAUCCAACAAGUGGCUAAGGCUGCAGCUAAAGCAUGCCGCAUGGCUGGUUCUUGAAGAACAAAAGUUUUAUGAUUAUGCAUUUCAUUAGUGUUUUAAA